GCAACAUAGCCAAGUGUUGAACACUCAUUUGAGCAGGCUUAAAAUAGGAACUGCAGCAGCUUUUGCUGCAUCAGCAAUCUCACCUUUCUCAAGGACAGCCUCAUGAAACUGCUUUUAGAUUGUGGAUGGUUGUCGCUUGCGGCAUAUUGGCAUGGUGUCCUGUUUAUUCAAUUUUUUUUGAACCAAUGACUGAUGAGGGGAAAAAGACAGAGAAGAGGAGGGAGAAAGGGAAGGACGAAGCUGGUCUAAGCCCCGGGGAGGAUGUUAGUGAGUGUGCAGUCGGCGUGAGGUUAGGUGCAAACCAGUUUGUUUGUUUUUUGCUUUAACUGGGAAUUUACUCAGCUUGAAAUAACAUCAGGGUUACAUCUGCCUCUUAUAAGUUUGGAAGCCAAAUUUACAGAUAAGUUCAUCAAUUUCAAUGAUUUUGUACUAUAAUACAUCAGAUUAAGUUUAUCUUCUUAAAUCGUUUGAGUAACGGCAAGAUUAUACUAAACAAGCUUGCACUUAUUUGAAGUGAGCUAAAAAUAAGAAGAAUUAUUGUUUUUAGUGCUGCACUUGAGGCUAUCUGAUUAAGGGGUUAAAUUCAAUGGGGAAAUUGCUUUGCAGUAAAGGAAGUUUUGUGUCCUUUAUGUUAAGCUGUGCUGCUUCCUUUUCCUCUUUCACCCCUUAACUUGAGACUGAAGUGAGGCAUAUGAAACGAGGAAGCAACACCAAGGGCCACGAUAAGCUGUUUUAGAUACGCAAAUAUUAGCAUUUUGGUCUCAUCAAAGCUGUUGAAGUGGCAUCAUAUGCUGUAAGUAACUCAUAUGCUGUUUUAAGAGAGUUUUUGCUUCUAGCUGUAUUUAGUAUUUUGUAUUAGUUUAUUGUAUAGCAGCAUGCUGCAUUCCUGAGAGACUUCAUUUCGCGAGCCGUUUGUCAUGUUGGGAGCCGAUUCAGCAACGCUGCCUGCCAGCAAGACAGAUAUGGGCAGCAAUUUCACAGUGGUGUAGUGAGUCUGAUUCUGACCGUGGAGUUUUGAAUUCAAGCGAACAGCCAAUGGAAAACUUUUUCUGGAAUCCUGAAAUGGAACAAGCAUUAAACGCGUGUGCGCUUUAAACCUAUUUUUUUUAUUUUUUUUGAACUUCCUGAGAUUUCUUCAGAGCGUAAAAACGACACCUCCGUAGCACCAGUGUGGACGAUGAUGGCACAGGGUUUGCUGUUGGCACUGCUGUGCCUGAUGGGAUGUGUGGGCUACUGUGACACCUUAUCAACAUGCAAACCCCUGAACCUGGAGUUGGUGAAAAGAAAGCGCAUCGAGGCCAUCCGUGGACAGAUCCUCAGCAAACUACAGUUGGACAAAGAGCCUGAAGACGAUGACAAAGGAGACGGAGGUGAGGUCCCUGCUGAGGUCCUGUCUGUCUACAACAGCACUGUGGAGUUAAACAAUGAGCUGAUGCACAACCUCGAUCCUGGGGAAUCUCCUGACACAGAGGAGGAAGCGUACUAUGCCAAGGAGGUUCAUAAGUUUAACAUGACUAAGUAUAUGAAUGAUACGGUGAUGCUGUUUAACGUCUCCACAAUGAGAGAUGUUUUGGGCAUAGAACGUAUGGUUUCCCAGGCUGAGCUCCGUCUUCUCAUCAGGGAGGUUCGAAUACCUCCUGGCAAUGAGGAAAGGUUAGAGCUUUAUCGUAGAGAUGGGGAUAAGGAUCGCUACUUGAAUUCACAAUCAAUCACCAAUGACCUGGACGGCAAAUGGAUAUCUUUCGAUGUGACACAGACUGUAAAAAACUGGCUUCAAAACCCUGAGGAAGAAAAGGCAUUACAGGUGAAGUUACAUUGUGGAUGUGGGGAGAAUGACAACAAAAUAUCUUUUGUUUCAGGCAUAAGCAGUGGCAGAUUAGACACGGCAAUUCUAAGAGAAAAAAUGAAAAAGCCACACAUUCUGAUAAUGUCACUUCCUGAAGACCGUGUACGACGUCUCCGCUCACGGAGGAAACGGCAAGCACCUGGAGAUGCAGUUUGUUCUGAGCAGUCAGACGUUUGCUGUGUGAGAAAACUUUAUAUAGACUUCCGUAAAGACCUGGGUUGGAAAUGGAUACACGAACCUUCUGGUUACUACGCAAACUACUGUAUCGGCUCCUGUUCCUUUGUCUGGAAUGCGGAAAAUAAGUAUUCACAGGUGCUGGCGCUAUAUAAACAUCACAAUCCUGGAGCAUCGGCCCAACCCUGCUGUGUGCCACAGGUCCUGGAUCCAUUACCCAUCCUGUACUAUGUGGGGAGGCAACAUAAGGUAGAGCAACUGUCAAACAUGAUCGUCAAGACCUGCAAAUGUAGUUGAAUGACGUGCAGUCUUCAGACUCCCUGGUUGAAAGGAAAGAAAAAAAAGACUAAAAUGUAUUGAGAGGAGGAAGGCCAGUAUAAUACAAUGGAGGAACCAUUCAUACAAACGUAUCAUUUGACAUUUCAUGUUUUCUGGGUUGUUGUUGUUGUGUGUGUGUGUGUGUUUGUGUGUGUGUGUGUGUGUGUGUGAAAGUUUCACCCCUCAAACUCCCAGGCUCAAUCAGCGGCUCCUCCCUUUCAUUCCUCAUACUUGUACCCAUAUGCCUGUUAAUAAUUAAUAAUAAUUAGAGUAAUAUAAAAAUAUGUCAUUAAUUCAAUAAUAAGAUGGGACUUUAAGGGGUGAAAUUCCCUCAGAUUUUCCUUGGUACAUUGCAGACAUUCAUUGUUAAAUGUGACCUUAACAAACAAACCUGAACAGGCCUCAUUAACCUUGACCAGUUUGAUUGAAUACAGGUAACAGCGGUACGUAUUUAGUAUAAAACAAUGAAAUAUUUGUAUUCACUCCAUCAUAUUUUUUGAAAAUGUUUUAAUCAAUUGUACUAAUUAUUAUGAGUUUAAUAUGUUUUGAAUUAAUGUGCACACUUUCUCAUUUCCACAAGUUUAGUUAGAGUUUACUUUACAUUUUUAACCUGCUUUGGAAUAAUUUGUUAAACAUUAUAACAUAUUUGCAGAAAAGAAGUGCAAAAAAACCCCCCCAAAAAACAUUGCAGAUUCCAGUUGUUUUUUAAUUAAACCAUGAUCUUGCUGGAUCCAUGAGCUGUAGAGAAUAUUUAAAUAGCCUAUAAUGUAAAAGUGAUGACUCUGGGAACACUGUUAUUAACUGCCCUGUUUGCUGGUCCUUCUCAAUGAAGCGAUCAUGGGGCAGUGUGAAUCUUGGCACAGUGGCCUCUAUUAUUGCCUGAUGCAGUUUCCAUUGUUCACCACUAGGUGCCAUAAUACCACUAUGAAGCUAAGUGGGGCAGUAGGUACCCUCCUCAUCAAGAGUACGUUUGUACCUGACAAAUGGUAACCUUUUUAAAAUAUGUUAAUUAGUAAUGUAACUUAAUUUAAAAUGAACUGUGAACUAGGAAAAGGGAUAUUUCUUGAAAGGUUUAUGUAUAUUGUGCGCUCAUGGAUGAGCUGACAUGAUAAUGCAAUCUCUAAUACUUCUGCAUAUCCUGGUGUUCACUGGGAUUAAAAGUGCUGUAAAUCCAUGCUUGAUUCAUGCAAAACUAAGAACUAAUCCUACAUGUGUAGGAGACUUUAACAGCUUUGUAUUUAGCAAGAUUAUCAGUUAGGUCAUUAGAGAACCAUAAACAGUCCACUUUUAUUCUGUCCCAGCUUCCAGCACAGCUUUAUUCUGUGUCCAUAAUUGUGUAGUGGACUCGGAAAAUUCUUCACAUGGCCAAGUUUGGCCAUUUUUUUUUACUAUAUGUAGUGAUGAAGACGUCAGAUUUCCUGAAAUGAUCUUAUUUGCCUGAGUAUCCAUUACAAGUAGGAAUAGUAUUGUGCCUUGUUGAUGGUUUGACAACCAGUAUCUGAUCACAAAAUGAACUGAUCAGGCUUAUGUCUAUUUCACUACAGUACAAAGAGAAUGUGAUUAACUUGAUUUGGCAGUUUUCACUGGCUGUUUGGGUUAGGUUUCCUGAGACUGACACACAAUUGCUUGGUUUAUUGUGGGGUUGUGGGAUUUAAUUUUAAUGAAGUGAAAACACACCUCAUUUCAGAUGAGCAAUCUAAGCAAUUUGUCUUGGUCUUCAACCACCUAAUGUGAUGUGUCCAGUGUGGCUCCUUCUGGGUUGUACCAUCAGAUACAACUUGACACAAUGGGAGCUGGGAAAAGUGAAAUGUGAGCCAAUAGAGAUCUCUAAAUAUCGGUUUGGGGAAACACUUUGCUUACAUAUCGCAAUUUUAGAAUUUAUUGUAUACGUUAUACUUCACGUCUGACUUAUCAUGAAAUGUAAUUGUAUUGUUUUUUGUUGGAACCUUCUGUUGGAUUAGUGCUCUCUGAUGAUUUCUGUAAAAAGACAAAACUAUACCACAUGCAUUGUGAAUAUUAGUAAAGCAUUCACCAAACCUGUA